UCCCCCCCAGCAGCAUGGAGUUCAUGUUGGUUUCCUAUCUCCUUUUGGGCGCAGCGUGCGGGUUCGUUGAUAAGGAAUUCGAAAAGAAAUACCGCCGUGUCGACGCGACUACCUUCGUCAACCGUGAAACUGGGGAGGUAUACGAACCGGAGAGUGCAGGAUAUUACCAAGGCGAUAUGCGAUUCCCUGGUGAAGGCGAUGACAGUUCUAUGAAGCGCAACGUGCCAUUUGAUUUGAAAAUCUGGCCAGAUGGCAUAGUGCCGUAUUCCUUCGAUCCAUCCUUGAAAGAAGAAAAAUACUUAAACUUGGAUUGGUACAAGAAUAGUAUACUCAAGGCAAUAUCUAUCAUUGAGACGAAAACCUGCAUCAGAUAUGUUGAAUGGACUGAUCAGCCACAUAGGAUAAACUUUGUUAGGGAAAAAGGGUGCACCUCAUUUGUUGGCCAACAAACCGCGCCUUCCCAGAAUGUCGACAUCGGGCCAGGCUGCGGUCGAAUUGGCGUGGUCUUGCACGAACUUCUCCACGCCUUGGGCUUCAACCACGAGCACGAGAGGGCGGACAGGGAAGGAAUUGUGGCGGUCAACAUGAGCAAUGUAGAAGAUGAUAGAAAGAUGUGGUUUACCAUUCGCCCCAUGAAGUUGAUCGGAGAAUACGAUGUGGAUUCAAUCAUGCACUACGGUUCAUCGACUUUCAGCAAGGACUUUCGUUACAAGACCCUGAUCCAGUUGAAGGAUUUCGACAAGGGUUACAUCGGUCAGAGAGAUCAUCUAAGCGUGACUGAUAUAAAGGAGAUAAAUGACUUGUACGACUGUGGGGUUAUCACGACCACUCCAACUACGACCACACCAGCACCGGUUGGAGUUGUUGCAAGCUGUGAUUUCGACGACGGAAGUUUCUGUGACUUUAAAGGACUCGGCGGAUCGGCCUCACGUUGGGGUGUUACCAAAGAGGGCGGAGAUCACGCGGGUUCAGGCUCUUUCGCAACUUUCCAGGUUGCGAGUAAUGAAGUGAAGAGUUUCGAACGCAACUCGGCGCUCUUUGUCGCCAAACUCGAAUACGGCAAGACCUACUGUCUGACUUUUUGGUAUCGGGUGAGAGGUUCUGGGAGCAUCGAUGUCAAAAUCCGGAAUGUCAUGGUUGAGCGUAUGAACGUCAAACUCGGUGAAUGGACUCGGGGCCGACUGACCAUUGCUCCACCUGAAAAGUACGACGACGAAGCCCGGAUAAUGGCGCGUGUUGAUAAAAACCAACAUGGCAACGUUGACCUUGAUGACGUCGAGGUCAUGCAUGGAUCUUGCUGAUGUUAUUUAUCUUUCAGUAUUGUUUAUCUCCGAAUAAAACACAUGAUGAGUACUA